GAAAUUUGUCAAAUGGUGAUGACCCCAAACAAAGAUAUUCUCCAAUAAAGCUUAUUGACUCCGGAGCUUUCGGUCACGUGGUCUUAGCCAAGGCGAAGCUAAACGGGUGUAUGGUUGCCAUAAAGAUAAUGGAGGUUAAAAAACAGCCAUUCACAGUGUUGGCUAACGAGGUCAACAUAAUGAAGAAAAUUUACCAUGAAAAUGUUGUCAUUGCUCUAGAUGCGAUUUAUGUGGAAGCUGUAAAGAAAUUCUGGCUUGUCAUGGAGUACGUGAAUGGGUGUUCACUGAGGAAGAUUGUAAGAAAUGUAUCGUUAGAAGAAGGACAUAUAUGUUUUAUAUCUAGUCAAUGUGUGAAAGGUUUGGACUAUCUCCAUAAAGAAAACAUAGUUCAUAGAGAUAUCAAAAGCAACAAUGUGUUGGUGGAUGUACAUGGGAGAGUAAAGAUAACAGAUUUUGGUACCAGCUACAUAUAUGAUGAAAAUGCCAAGAAGAACGACCUAGUUGUCUCACCGUGCUAUAUGGCACCGGAAGUUGUAGCUAGGAGACCUUAUGAUUAUAAGAUAGAUAUUUGGAGCUAUGGUAUAACACUGAUAGAAAUAAUUGACGGAGAACCACCAUAUAUACAUGAGGAAGGAGCACGUGCUAUGAAACUUAUAAAAAGAAAUGGUAGACCCAGUAUAAAUAAGUAUGACCAAUUAUCGGAUGGACUAAAAUCUUUUAUAGACACGUGUCUCGUAGUUGACGCAAGCCACAGAGGAACGGCACGUGAUCUCUUGAAUCACGAGUUUUUAAAUGGUGACCAAAUACUUGUAACUGCAAGAUUAGCUCAGAAAAAUUCAUCGUCAUCUUAUUAGACUUUAAUAAUUUAUUUGACGAACUUUAAAUAGUUUGUGUGAUUGUUAUAGCCAAUAAUAUUUGUGUCUUAGAUUGACAAAUAUUUAAUUUUUUUGAAGGUCUGUUCCAUUAA